ACGAGACUUUGCAGACGAUAUUUCUAGCCCUUCGCCGAGCUUCCUAGUCAGUGUCACAGAGACCCACCGAAGCGAGUAGUAUAAGAACGUCUUCCACUCGGUAUUUUCUACAGGAAUACCAACAAAGUCUUCUUAAGUGUACAACAGUCAUCUGGGAAUCAAUAACGCAAUGAGGUGUUGGGUAGCCCUAGGCCUGGUGGCCACUGUGGCAGUGCUGGUCACUGCCAAGGAGUCCAAGAAGGAGGAUGUGGGCACAGUCAUUGGUAUUGACCUUGGCACCACCUACUCCUGUGUGGGCGUGUUCAAGAACGGCAGAGUGGAGAUCAUCGCCAACGACCAGGGCAACAGGAUCACACCCUCCUACGUGGCAUUCACUGCUGAUGGGGAGCGGCUUAUUGGAGAUUCUGCAAAGAAUCAGCUGACAACCAACCCAGAGAACACCAUCUUUGAUGCCAAGCGACUCAUUGGUCGUGAAUGGUCCGACAAGUCUGUCCAACACGACAUUCAGUUCUUCCCCUUCAAGGUUAUCAAGAAGAACGACAAACCCCAUAUUCAGGUGUCCACUUCUCAAGGAGACAAGGUGUUUGCUGCUGAAGAGGUCUCUGCUAUGGUGCUCGGCAAGAUGAAGGAAGUGGCAGAAGCUUACCUUGGGAAGACUGUCACGCAUGCAGUUGUCACUGUCCCUGCUUACUUCAAUGAUGCCCAGCGUCAAGCAACCAAGGAUGCCGGCAUCAUUGCUGGGCUCACCGUUAUGAGGAUCAUCAAUGAACCCACGGCUGCUGCCAUUGCCUAUGGCAUUGACAAGAAGGAUGGUGAAAAGAACAUUCUUGUGUUUGAUCUUGGUGGUGGCACCUUUGACGUCUCCCUGCUGACCAUCGACUCUGGCGUCUUUGAGGUGGUGGCUACCAACGGUGACACUCAUCUUGGUGGUGAGGACUUUGACCAGCGUGUCAUGGACCACUUCAUCAAGCUCUACAAGAAAAAGAAGGGCAAGGACAUCAGGAAGGACAACCGUGCUGUCCAGAAGCUCCGCCGUGAAGUUGAGAAGGCAAAGAGGUCCCUGUCUGCCAGCCACCAGGUCAGGAUUGAAAUUGAAUCCUUCUUUGAGGGAGAAGACUUUUCAGAGACUCUGACCCGUGCCAAGUUUGAGGAGCUGAACAUGGAUCUCUUCAGGUCAACAAUGAAGCCAGUCCAGAAGGUGCUUGAGGAUUCUGAUCUCCAGAAGAAGGAAAUUGAUGAAAUUGUCCUGGUUGGUGGCUCUACCCGUAUUCCUAAGAUUCAGCAGCUUGUCAAGGAGUUCUUCAAUGGGAAGGAACCAUCCCGAGGCAUCAACCCUGAUGAGGCUGUUGCGUAUGGUGCCGCUGUCCAGGCUGGCGUGCUGUCUGGUGAAGAUGACACUAAUGACCUAGUCCUGCUUGAUGUGAACCCACUCACUCUGGGUAUUGAGACUGUAGGUGGAGUGAUGACCAAGCUUAUCUCCCGCAACACUGUCAUCCCCACCAAGAAGUCCCAGAUUUUCUCCACAGCUUCUGACAACCAGCACACUGUGACCAUCCAGGUGUUUGAAGGCGAACGACCAAUGACCAAGGACAACCACAUCCUCGGCAAGUUUGACCUGACUGGCAUUCCCCCUGCUCCUCGUGGUGUCCCUCAGAUUGAAGUUACCUUUGAAAUUGAUGCCAAUGGUAUUCUUCAGGUGUCUGCUGAAGACAAGGGCACUGGCAACAAGGAAAAGAUCGUGAUCACUAAUGAUCAGAACCGCCUCACCCCCGAGGACAUCGAGCGUAUGAUCAAGGACGCUGAGGUCUUUGCUGAUGAGGAUAAGAAGCUGAAGGAAAGGGUUGAAUCUAGGAAUGAACUAGAGUCCUAUGCCUACAGUCUGAAGAACCAGGUGAACGACAAGGAAAAGCUCGGGGCCAAGCUGACCGAUGAGGAUAAGGAAAAGAUUGAGGAAGCCAUCGACGAGAAGAUCAAGUGGCUGGAGGACAACCCUGAUUCUGAUGCCGAGGAAUACAAGGCCCAGAAGAAGGUACUCGAAGACAUUGUGCAGCCCGUCAUUGCCAAGCUUUACCAGGGUGCAGGUGGUGCUCCUCCAGCAGGGGAGGAGGAAGAGUUUGAUAAGGACGAGUUGUAAAUUUGUAGUUUAAGGUAACUUAUUAUGUCAUUGUGUUUAAUGGAAGUACAUUAUUCAUGCUCAUCAUUAGGACAUAUUCAGCAGCUCAUCAUCAUGUUUGAAUGAAUGGGGUCCCACU